UGUAAAAAACAAGAUACCUUCUUUUCAUUUAGGUUUCUAGCUAAAGUGGAAUAUAUACGGUAUAUACUCCAGAAUAGUGAACGCUUUUAUUGCUGUUAGUAGAGGAAACGACGUUUAACAAUGGGAAUAACACCGGAUGACUUGCGCAGGAAAAUACCUGAUUGGUCACUUGAAAGUGACGGUCUGCUCCUCCAAUAUAUGGUGCAAAUCUCUAAGAAUCUGGAGAGCAAAUGUGUAAAAACUCAAGAAAACCUUAAUCAGCUGUCGCUAGAUUUAGGCGAAAGUCAAAUUCGCUUUGCUAAUGCAUCGAACAACUUUAACGGAGUCCAGCAAGUGAAAUAUGUUGAAAAUCGUGUAAAAGACGAUGACGAAAGUUUUUACUCAGUACGUGAAGAAGCGACGGAAACAGGCGAGAAAUACUCGCAUGCAGAUAUUUUUAAAAUGAGCGUUCAGCGGUCUAUUACAAAUAUGUACAAGUGCUUCGAAAAAGUGACAGUGCAACUGGACAGUGAUAGCGAUAGUGAUGAUGACGUGAAUGAUGCAGAAGUUAAAGCACGAAAUACAGUUCUUCGAGCGAUUCAAAAGUAUCCCUAUAUUAAUAGACCGUUGCCAUGUGUUAUAGGAUCACGAGAAUGGAAGGAAAAAUGGCAUGCCGGAUUAAUUGACUCGGAAGAGGAAUCCGAAACCGAAUGCAAAGAGCAGUACUCCGAUUCAAGUGAUAGUGAACGAAUAUUUCCUUCGCAAACCAAUAGCAACCAUACACCAUCAGAAUCAGAGGGAUCUGUUUGGGGAGUGCAUUCAGAUCCUAGAGGAAGAGCUGCAUCGAUGGACCCUAGUGUUUCAGGAGAAGACACGCUUUCGAUUCAUUCAACAUCAAGUUCGAUCAGGCCGCCAGGUGUUAAGACCUUAAUGCAGCAAAACAAGGUCCAAGUGCUGCCUUUUGGGCAACAGUUUAGACCACCUUCAUUGUUUCCUGCUCAACCACCUGAGGACACAAUCAGUGUGUCAUCAAGUAGAUCGAAGAUACCCAAUUUGUUUGAAGAAUCGGACAAUGAAGAUUCCACACCUAUUCACCGAGCUAAUGCACAGCCAGCAAUAACCCAACCUUCUUACUUUAGAGGAAAUCCAUCGGCAGAAAGGCAAAUGGUUAAUUUAUUCGAUGAUGAACCCCCUUCCCCGGUCAUGGACCGUGCUACCAAAUCUCAGCAAAAGAAAUCUGUUAAUUUGUUUAUUGAAAGUGAAGAUGAAGAAGACGCGACUAAUAACAAUAAUCAACAAUCGAAAAUUAUCGAUGUUGGUCGAAACGAUUCCAAGGAAACGCUUCGAACAAAACUACCUGCAAAUCUUUUUGUUGAUGGUCGUGAACGUGAGAACCAAAAAGUAGACAUGAAAACUGCUGGCAAUAUAUUUGACGAGGUCAAUAAUAAUCCUUCUGAUGAAGAAGAUCUUUUCGUACCUGUGCAAAAAUCUAUCAAUGGAUCCAACGAUGGACGCAACAUUCGGAGGAUUACGAAUCUCUUCGAUGAUGAACCUCCCGUAGAUGACUUUGAUGAAAUUUUUAAGUCAAAAGUAAUUCAUAAACCAGUAGGUGGAAAACUUGUACUGCCUGUUUCACCAGUACCGCCAAAAACGAUCGAUGUUAACGAUAAGAAAAUUGUGUCCGAUCCGAAGGCUGGAAAUCCUAAUACCCCCCGUGAUGGGCUUCGUAACAAGUCCGGAGAGAACACACCGAGUAAAUCAACUGAAAUGCAGAAAAAGAUUGCGACAGAAAUUAUGGCUAAAAAAAAGAUUAAUCUCUUUGACGAUGAGGAAGAUAAUCAAGACAUUUUUUCAACCAACGCGACGAAUGAAAAGAAGUCUACGACUGUUCCUAAAGUUAAUCUGUUCGAUGAUGAUGAUGAUGAUUCGUUUUUCUUUGGCGGGAAUGCUAGUAACCCAGAAGUUGAAAGUAAAUCAAAAAUAGUGAGCGCCCACCAAGUGGGUACUGGUAAGCCGACCACAAGUAUUCGUUCGGAAAUAUUAAAGAAAAAAUCAAUUUUUGAUUCUGACUCUUCGGACGAAAAUGACGAAGACAAAUACAUUGAAAGUACAGUUAAAACCAAGUCUGCGACGACUCCGAAUACGAAAACACAACAUUUUCCUGAAACUGUGCAAUCGGCUUCUAGCGUGCAACAUUCUACGAAUGGCACACAAAGUCAGCCUAUAACUUCUAUGGAAGAAUCAGUUAAUGGCAGCACAAAAGUAGAAAAUGCAGCAAAUGAAACAAACAUUUCUUCAUCAGAAAUUUUGCCACCUGUUGAUCAAGAAUUUCCAAAAAGUUUGGAAAUUUCGAAUGAAAUUGACUACUAUCUUACCACCAAUGAGAUUUCUGGAAAUCCUGUGGAAUCGGCUCCAGCUGAGGUUAAAUCCGAAACAGAAAACUUUCUAGCGUCGACUGAAAACGAAUCUAGUACCUUUGGGGAACUUGUCGAUGCAGUCAUAACAAAAUGUCACGAUAGCGAAAGUAAUAUGGCUCAACAGAAAAACAACGAACAAGCGAUAGAACCACAAACUAUUGGCAGUGAUGCUCAUAAUGCUGGCCAUAUAACAUUAGUUCCGCAAACAGCUGAGGAUCAUGCCUCGGUAGCCAAAUGUGCCUUAGACUUUAGCUCAAUGGGAUUGUUUGAUGAUGUUCCUCCUCCCGAUGAUAACCUUAUCGAAGAGGCACGUUCUUCAAUGGUCUUAGAUCAGAGCGAUGAUCAUGGUUUCUACACGGGGCAAACAUCAUCACAGACAGUCAUUUCAUCAAGCAGCACAAACUGUAGUCGAUACCUAUUCAUGGACGACGAAGGCCCCCCGCCGGAUGACAUGAAUUUGGAAUUAGCAAAAGAUGAAGUAGAUGACCGACCGUCGGUAGUUCAAAUCGCUAAAAACAUUUCGAACAUAGUUGGAAACGAUGAUAAUAGUGAAACAAACCAAGGGAAUAAACGAGAAAAGUUGAAAAUAAACAAACUGUCUACCAAAGUUAACAUAAAUGUAAACGCUUUGCUGCCAGGAUCUCGAAGGUUUCCAACAACUGAAGCUAAAGUAGACGAUGAACUAAUAAUGGGAAAAAAUUCGUCAACAAAAGUGCUAGCUGACAAAACGAAAACACGAUUCAUUCAAAAAAAAAUGCCUGAAUCAGAUGAUAGUGCUAAUAAAUUGGUAGGACUAAACAAAGACCGUGUACGUAUCCAAGCAAAACGAAGACCUUCAUCACGAAAACACAGAAAAGCUCAUUAUGAAGACACUCUACAGGCAAAUUCUAGUAUGCCGACUUCUAUUAUUCAGUGUCAACAAGAUACUCAGACCGAAGAAGUUCGUGUUGUGGUUGGUUCGGAAAUGAAAUCUCAGCACGUCGAAAUAACAACAACCGAUCUCGUGGUGAAUCCGUUGGUAUCCAAUCAGCUAAAACACCAAUUUUCCGAGCAGAAACUGUUAGUCAAAGAUGAAGACGAUGCACUAUUUGAUAGCCGGACUAUCGAAACAAAAUCAGUAGAAUCUGUACCAAAGAAACCUUUUUCCUCGUUACUACCGUCGACCGAAGUAGCGAAACCGACGGAGGUCCGACCUGUGGCAGCUAAGUCCAAACAAACUCUUUCCACAAGUAAAUUAUUUUCCGAUAGUGAAACCGAUGAGGACGAUCUAUUUGGCAUGUUAGCAAAACAUGUUGCUAUUCCAAAAGCCAUUGCACCAGCAGUUGUCUCCCCAAAAAACACUUCACAGUCCAUUGAAAAGCCACCUUCAAUGUCAACAAAAGCAGUACCUCUAAAAACGAAUCAAUCGAAGUCAAUUUUUGGCGAUUCCGAUGACGAAAAUGAUUAUCUGUUCUCAAAACCUAGUUCAUCAACGAAUUCUCAACCAACUCCGGUAGUUGCUAGUGCCACUAAAUCCGCCGGAAAGACAACAAGCAACAAAAACAAAAGCAUAUUUGGAUCUGAUGACGAAGACGAAAGCAACAAUUUAUUUGGUUCGCAGUCGAAGCUCAAGUCCGUGGUUGCUUCAGUAGCGACGGGGAGUGCAGGACCGUCGGUACAAACCAAAAGUCUGUUUAGCGACGAUGACGACGAUGAUGAUGAUGAUUUGUUUGGAUCUAAACGUAAAACAACAGCAAAAUCAACGCCAUCGUUAGCUGGAGUCAAAAAACCUGAUAAUAAUCUAACAAAAAAGUCAACUACGCUUGCUUCCAAUGAUCCUCUGGCAGAUUUGUUUGGUUCGUGAGCGGUGCAUCCACUAAGUUGCUUUUGCUUGGCGGGUUAAAGUCGGUUUGGAUUAUUUGAUUUAUCGGUCUGACUUCAACUGCAAUCCUAAUUAAGAAUACGAAUUAGUUUUAAAGCUUAAUGGCUCAUUUACACUAUCUGAUAUAUUAAUUUUGAUUGCGGAAAACGUCAGAUCAAUAAAUCAUUUUAAGCUAGACUUUUAAGGCUAAGCUACCUAUAGAUUUAAAAUUAUUUUGUCGUAUAUUCAUCAUUUCUCGAAUCGUUGCAAAUUCGAAAUUUCGUUGCAUGCAAACCACACAUAAAAAAACAUCUAGUCAAAAUUCAUCAGCCAAACAAGAGUUUCUAUUAGAAUUUCGCAAAUUGAUUAGAUUUAUGUUUUUUUUGUCAUUCCAUUUUUGCUUUAUAAACCAGCUUGUAUUAGUUGCAUUGCUUUAGCUAAAAAUUUUCCAUUCCAUUCAAGGACAGUGCAAUUUUCUUUUCUCACUAAAAAAUUCACAUAAGGUGCCGUAAUCAGCCUAACACAACGUUAAUGUACUCUGCCGAUAUGAACAAUUAACGCGAUUGACCUAGGGUAUGUAACUUGUAUUUUUUAUGCAAACUUUUUCAAAUAGUUAUACAUCAAGCUUUGCGUGGAAGUAAAAAGACUUGUGAAAAAACACUACCACCUACAACACAGUUUAUAAAUUUUCUUCGUGCUAAGUAAAGCAUUUGUUUAUGGCAUCUUAUGAGGUUGUAUAUUUGAAUAACGGCUGAAGCUAAUAUUUUUAUGCAUCUUAAAUGAAGCAUCGUUUCAUAGGAAGAAAGAUUGAUUAAUUUCACCUAAACCUAAUUAUGUUAAAAUUUAUAGCGCAGU